UCUAUCCAUCAGCAAUAAUACAAAACCAAAUAGAGGUUCAGUUACAUUUUUAUUUUUGUUAUUGAGAAGUGUAAGUACAAAUAUAUAAUGUCUGGAAGUGAUAAUGAUGACUUGGAAAAGGAGUUAUUGCUGGCUGCUGUUGAAUCCGAUGCCAGAGCUUGUGAAGUUCAAAGAGUUAGUGUUAUUAAGAAAAUUGAGAAUGAAAUGGAAACUGACCCAGAGCAAGAAGUGAAUGAAGCAGCUCCAGAGACUGUUAUAAAAGAGCCUAUCGUAACUACGCAAUCACAUGAAACGGCGCCUAAGAAAAGGAAACAUGAUGUAAUAGAGGAAGAUUGCAAGAAACAAACAGGUUAUGCCAGUGUUAUUGAAACUCACUACAAUAAAUUAGAGGAAAAAGGAUUGGAUGAACGCAACAAGUCUCGUAUAGUGUACAUGAGAAACUUUCAUAAUUGGAUCAAGAGCAUGCAAAUAAAUGAAUAUAUAGUUAAGAUAAAAGACAGCAAACGACACAAUGUACCAAUACGUGUUUUAGAUAUGUGUUGCGGCAAGGGUGGUGACCUCCUGAAAUGGAGAAAAGCUGGCAUUUCACAUUUAAUUUGCUCAGAUAUUGCUGCUGUAUCUCUGGAUCAAUGUAAGUCUCGUUAUGAAACAAAUAAAAGAAACGGUAGUUCAUAUAGUAUAGAGCUAAUACAUGCUGAUUGUACCAAAGUCCGUUUACGUGAAAAGUAUGCAGAUCCUUCAAUAAAGCUGGAUUUGGUGAGUUGUCAGUUUGCAUUUCACUACAGCUUUGAAAGUUUGCCUCAAGCUGAAUGCAUGAUACGAAAUGCAGCUGAAUGUUUAAACCCUGGUGGUUAUUUUAUUGGCACAAUUCCUGAUGCAAAUGAACUUAUGUCAAGAAGAAACAAGGCUGGUAUGAAUAAGUUUGGCAAUGAUGUCUACAAAGUUUCUUUUGAGUGUGAUACUGAUAGGCCUCCACUAUUUGGUGCCAGGUACAACUUUCAUUUGGAUGGUGUUGUUCAUUGUCCUGAAUUUUUAGUACAUUUCCCAACACUAACUGAGCUUGCAAAAAAAUAUGGCUUGAAGCUGGUUAACAAGGAAAAGUUUUACAACACUUUUGAAAGAUUGAAGUUGGAAGGACGAAAUUUACUGAGCAAUAUGUCCAGUUUGGAAACCUAUCCAUCUGAUCAAUCUACAGUGGGCACAUCUCCAAAUGAUUAUACCCAUGCUGAGAACUUCUUAAAGCAAAACAAUGAGGACAGAAGAAUGAAGAUUGGAACUCUAUCCAAAUCAGAAUGGGAAGUGUCCUCAAUCUAUUUAUCAUUUGCCUUUGAAAAGGUUAAGAAUACUUGGAAUGUUGAUGGCACUCCCAAAUUUGAAUUUUGAUAUUAUUGUAUUUUACAAUCAUUG